AUGAUAAAUGAUCAAUUAAAGUCUGAUGGUUAUCCCUUACCAGUUUAUGCUGAUGGAGGCAUGCGUUUGGAAGCUAAUUUUGAAGAGAAAUUUGGCACAGAUAUCUUGAGUGAACCUGCUAGAAGAAUUACUUUAAAGAUGUCUCGGAGUGUUGUUGCACUCGCUUCAUUCAAUGUCAAUAGAAGGCAUUUUGCUUGCACAGGUGUAUGUAUAGAAUUUGAUGGAUCGACAUCCACCACAAGAGUUCUGACUUCAGCAAGCUUGGUUAGAACUUCUGGUGAUGAAAACGAGAUUGUUGAUAACCUAGAGAUUAAAGUGUGUCUUCCAAGUGAGCUGUGCAUUAUAGGGAAAUUAGAAAAAUAUGAUUUCUGCUAUAAUGUUGCUGUUAUCAGCAUCCCCAUGUUUCGCAGUAAUCGACCAGCAAUAUUGGUUGAUGCACCUCAACCUGAGGUAUUAGCUCUUGGCCGUGUCUUUAAAUCAGGCAAGAUUAUGGCUGCAGAGGGGUCAGUGACUGGCGAACGAUGUAAAUUUGGUUGCAAAGAGCUUAAGAUCUCCACCUGUAAAAUCACCAAGGCUGGAAUUGGAGGGCCCAUUGUUGAUUUUAAGGGGAAUGUUGUUGGCAUGAACUUCUAUGACACGGAAGGAACUCCUUACCUGCCAAGUAAGAUAAUUAUGAAAGUAUUGAGGAGUUUCGAUGCAGAGCGGCCUGUUGCUGCUGGUAUUACAAAGAAGCCUAUUUCUCGUUGGCCGUUGCCGAAGCCAUAUUGGUAUUACCCGAGUGGACAUCGUCACCGUACAGUCGUAAGAUUGAACCAAUGA